AUGUCCGUCAAUUCCGAAUUCAACUCUCGCGUCUAUCCAAUCAAACGGACUAUUCAAUCGGAAAUCGACGAUAUUCAGAGCUUGAGGGGUUACCGAUACGGAAAUACGCAUCAAAUCGGAACAAGUAAAUGGUAAAUUGUAACAGUGAUUCAGAAUAAAUUGAUGUUGUUUAGGUGCAUUCGAGUAAAAUCGGAAUGCUCAGAGGACACUGACAAUCAAAAGUAUUUGGGUGUCCAUCUCCGUUGUCUUUCUGAAAUCAAACAAGGAAAAACAGUACACGUAUCUCUUUCAUUUCGUUUGAUAAAUUUGAAUGAUCACAAGAGUCACAGUGCUGUCUCGAGUGGUGCAAGUCAAUUCACCAAAGAGGACAAAUCUUGGGGAUAUUACAAGUUUCUGAAAUGGGAUGAGAUCGAAAAGUAUUCGAAAGACGGAAAGAUUCUAGUGGAAUGUACUGUUGAACUGCAAUCAGAGGACGGAAUUCCGAGACGGACUCUUGAUUUUGAGAAGGAGAGACCGAAUACUCAAGACAAAAUGAUUAUUCUCAAAAAUGAAAGCGACGAUGUAAGAUUUACAAAGAAUCAUCCCUACUUUCAGAUUAAAAUGAUUUCAGAACUGUUCGAAUCACGGUGAGAAAAUGGAAUUCACCGUGAAUAUUAAUCAAGUUACAAACGAUGACCAAUUCACCGAUUCAUUCACAAUCAAUGGACUGCCAUGGUAUUAUUUUCCACUUUCCCGUGUUCUAUACAGAUUUUUAUUUUCAGCAAACUAGCCUAUAGAAAGUCUGACGAUUGUGGCGUUACUUAUAUGAAAGUGUACUUGUACAUAAACUCGGACGACAAGAGUGACUGGUGGAUUUGUGAAGCUAAUACCGAUUUCCGAAUUGCCAGCUCGACGGGAAUACAAUACUCGAAAAGCAUUAGUGUUUCUUGGUUCAACAAGUCGUCGCCAAACCGGGGAUUUCCCGAAUUCAUCGAAUGGAAUAAACUACUCGAUCCCGUGAACGGAUAUGUGAAAAAUGGAAAAUUCGUUCUGGAAGCAUACGUUCGAAUUUAUCGUAUUCUGGGAAUUGAUGAGAGAACAGGAAAAGGAAUUGAUAGACCAAUGCGGAAAAUGACGGAUGUUGUACUCGUGAUUGAGGGAAAGCAGUUGCACGUAUCCAAAAAGGUAUGCUAUUCAUUUCAAACUCUUUUUCUCUCUCCGGUCGUUCGGAUAUCGAUCUUUUUGUGGGUAGAUCAAUUUGUUCAGAUGUUUGGCCCGUAGUACACAACAAAGAACACAGUUGUACAUAGAACACCAAAUUCGUGCUGAUAAGAUGAUGAGAGUCACUUAUGCCCUCACAGUACCAAUAUUCAGAUUCUCGCCCAGCAAUCCGCUCACUUUGCGCAAACAUUCCGUUCAGGAAAUGGUGGCAACAUUACUAACGCAAAACUCGAAGAUUUUGUUCGAUUUCUGGAACUCGUCUACAAUUAUGACACGGACAUUUCAGGUGAACAUUGGAAGAAUACUUAUUACCGACUGUUGAUCAUUUUCAGAGGAGAACAUUGAAAGACUACUCAAACUCAUCGAACACUUCAAGGCUCCCGAGUGUUUCGAGCGGUGCGAUGUCAUUCUGAAGAAGAUGGAAUUCAAGGAUACGAUGAAAAUGUUGCACUUGGUGGAUACGUACCCGCUGCCAGAACUGAAGAAAGUGUUUCUGCGUAAACUGAAAGAUGAGGCGUUGCUGCAAUCAGUGGUUGAAAAUCCGAAGUACAAGCAAUUGAGUCAAGGAAUGAAGGUGGCCAUAUUGGAAUGGAAACUUGUGCCGAAGGUAAGUUCUUACUUGAAUUCAAUAUCGAAUCACGGAACCGCAGCAUUCCAAUGCGCAAGCGAGUUGUCAAUGGGGCGCGCUUGCAUCCACCGUCGACUCGGAGUUUCUUUUUUCAAUUGAAAACCAGAAUUCUUUCGUUUUUCUCUUAAUCAACACUCAAAUUUUGUUCUUUGCGAACCGUAGGGCGAUUGUCUGAGUUAAAAGCAUCGAUUUAAGCGCGAAACGGAGCAGAUUCGUUCAGAAUUGACCAAAUUGAGGGAUUUUGUCGAAAACUACUGAAAAAACGGAGUUUUAACGAUCAUUUGCCGAAUCGAGUUCGGGCACUGCCAUUCGAACCGUCUCCAGUGAACAAGGAGUUUAUUGCGCAUCUUUUAAGCGCUCAACCGUCGAAAAAUAUACAGAAUUGAGAUAAUUGAGGCAAAUUUUCGAUUCCAAAAGGAAACAAAUUCUGUAAUUUUCACAUAAAACAUUUCGAAAUUGAUGACGAAGCAGUUAAAAUUUCAUUUUUUAUUCAUUUCUAAUCAUUCUUCAUAAGUUUUGACACUGAUUGGUUCUGAAAAGAUGGGGAUAAUGCAAAAAAUGGGAAAAUUGAAAUGAGAAACUCUACAACGACGCUCCGGAAUUACGCGUUACGCGCCUUGUCUAGCGCACCUGAAUUGCGCCAAGGGAAAUUUUUAUUGGAAGGCUGCGUUUCCGUGCGAAUGAUUUCAUGUUGUUUAGGAAAAUUGUACGGAAAAAGAGGAAAUCACUGAAUAUCGGUUCAGCACUGAUUUCGAGAAGAAAACUGAUUUGACGGAUGUGGAGAUCGAAGUGGAAACGUUCCAGUACUACGUCAGUAAACAAGUGGGUCUAGUCUCAAUUCUGUCCAAUAAUUCUUCAUUCAGAUACUGGCCAAUGCAUCCGAAUACUUUAUGAAACGCUUCUAUGGUCCAUACUCUGAGCAUGUUCCAAAGAUUGAACUAUUCAAUGUUGAGCCGUUGCAAUUCGAGAAACUGCUGACUCACAUCUACCAUCCGACCAGACCAGUUACCGGUCAGUGUUCUAGCUAUUGUAUUUGCGUUACUAUAAAAUAUUCCCUUAUUUCAGUGUUCAGCGUGGAUUCCCUUCUUGUGCUGGCACACCAAUUCAAAGUUCCCAAACUGUUGGAUAAAUGUGAGGAGUACUUGGUUCUCAAAGACGGAAUGGAUCUGAUGGAUAAGUUGGCAUACGCUGGAAAGUACGAUCUUCCAUUACUCUUGGCAAGUUCGACAUUCCGAAUGUUGUUGAUAUUGUUUGUGAUUCAGGAAGCUUCUCUCAAGGCAGUGAGAUCUACGGGAUCGUUCGAACAAAUCUUCAGUCAUCCCACAUUUUCACAACUUCCUUCCCAUGUUCUCGGGGAAAUAAUGAAGCUAGGGCUGUGA